AUGACGCCCACACCACCGUCGACAACCUCCUCGGGCGGCCGCUCCCCCGAGGAGCAGUAUCGUGUUGUCCGAAAGCGGAACAGAGUACCGCUCAGCUGUUAUCCUUGCCGAUCAAGAAACAUCAUGACCAGUAACUCUCUGAACGGCCCUCCCCGUAAGACCGUCUUUGAUGAUGCCUGGUUGCUGAAAGAAUACAGAAAAUGUGACAGAAAUCACCCUUGCGGAAACUGCACCAAACGAGGAGGGACAGAUGCCUCGUGCUUCUAUGCCACGCCGCCGGCCCGGAAAAAGAGUCAGGGCCAAGCAAGCGCCUCUCCCGACGACAUGCAGAAUCGCAUUGACAGGCUGGAAGGCUUGGUUCUGUCACUUGUGCAUGGUGGUGCAAAUAUUGAACUGCCCCCGGCCGCUGCUGCUGCAAACGCUGCGGCUCCAGCUGGCGGACAUGCUAGAGGACAAGGUGCUGGCUCGACGACAACUAGCGGCUCUUCGGCCUUCUUACACACCGACGAAGACGACGGCGUUAUGCAAGAUGACGAGGGCGAGAGUGACAUCGACGAUGGGCUGGCAACCUCUCUAGGCGUUCUAAAGGUGGAUGCUGAUAGGGGAAAGUCCAUGUAUAUUGGACAAGGCCACUGGCAUACCGUUCUGGCGGACAUUGCCGAGGUUAAGAACUACUUUGCGCUUCACAAAAAGGACCUGGAGAAGAGCUAUGAAAAAGUGAUGCUCAGCAAGCCACCCACAGCUUGCGAAGGCCUCAGCUUUCUUUUCGAGUCAACACCUGCUACCCAGGUCGAGCUGAGGGCCGAGUUGCCUCCCAAGUCGACAGUCUUGACCCUUUGCGGAAGGUACUUCAAUUCGAUGGAUAAUGCCGUUAAUAUCAUUCAUCCACCCACCUUCCACCAGCAACUCCGCAAUCACUGGCUGGAUCCGUCUCGGACACCCAUCAUGUGGUUAGGCCUGCUCUACUCUGUCAUGUGCUUGGCCAUGUUGAGUUAUCACAAGGUUGGCGACGAGCCGCCUGAAUGGAAGGGCCGCACACUUGAAAUGGCAACCGAGUACCGACUCCGGACAGUUCAGUGUCUCCGAGUAGGUGAUUAUACGAAGCCGACCGAGUAUACCGUGGAGACAAUGAUCCUCUACCUCUUUGCCGAACAUUCGUCCCGGUGGGAUGCCGACGUCGGCCUGUGGUUGAUUAUGUCACAGGUCACAAGAAUUGCCUUUCGUAUGGGCUAUCACAGAGAUGCGAAAUGGUUUCCCUCUUUUACCCCUUUCCAAGCUCUCUCUCUGCCUACCAUGAUCUACGACCACGACUGCGACACUGACCUUCCACACAACUUGGCCGACGAAGAUUUCCAGCCAGACACAAAAGUGUUACCCCCACCGAAACCAAACACGGAACCUACCAACAUCAGCUACAUGAUUGCCAAGGUCAAGCUCGCACUGGAGCUGGGCAACAUAUUGCAGGCAACAGGUCGUAUUCGAAAUCCGGUACAUUACGAUGAAGUUCUUCGUUUUGACGCGAGACUGCGUGAAAUCAAAGCAAAUUUGCCUCCACACUUACAGUUCCAACCCCUCUCGGGUUCUCACGAUCCGUUAACGCUAAUUAUUGCGCGGUUCAAUAUCGACAUCCUGUUCCAGAAAAUCAUCUGUCUUCUUCACAGAAGGUACAUGUCAAAGGCGACACAAAACAUCAGAUAUAACAGCUCUCGGCUAAGGGCAAUCUCAGCUUCCCUCGAGUCCCUGGGCCAUCUGGCAACGCUCCACCGUGAAUCACAACCAGGAGGUCGGUUUCGCUCCAUCAAGUGGUUUGUGAGCUCUAUCGCAACCAAGGAUUUCCUUCUUCCCGCCAUGCUGAUCGUGCUGGAUCUACAUUAUGACAACACGUUCCGCCGAACACAAACCGUACCAGCAAGCCCUCCUUGGACUUCAGAGCAACGUGCCGAGAUGAUCAAGAGCCUUGAAGUCACCCGCGACAUCUGGAAAGGACUGGCAGAUGAAUCCAUGGAGGCUCUCAAGGCAUUCAAGGUUCUAGAGAUCAUGCUGGACAAAAUCAACGGCAUACCAUCCUCCGAGUAUCCUGCCAACGCGACCGAGAUCCCGACAACGGCAGAAAUGACAGAGUUCUCAGACCCAGUACAAGAGAUGCGGCCAGAGCACUCGGCUGCUAUAACGUUGGGUAUGCUCUCAAGCGGUAUAGAUGCAAGGCCAACCUCACCAACACGUGCGGCACAAAGUCUUGAGGGGCCCAACUAUUCUUUACUGAACAUGAACCUCGGCCCCGACCCAGCGACUUCUGGUGCAGGCUCCUUGAGCAUGGGCCUGACGCCAGAUUACCUAAGUGACACGAUGGCUGGAAUCGGCGACACAUCUCCGUUAUCGUCACUGUUUGGUGCUGGGAUGGAAAACAGUACGCUGGACUUUACAACGAACUUUGAUUGGAAUUCCUUCGAAAAUUACACUCAAACUGCGCACUGGGGGACUGACCAGCCCUUUCAAUUCUUUUCAGGAAACGGCCCUGACCAGCCCUUCUUUCCAAAUAGUGAGGAGAGGCAAUGGCAUGGCAACGGCUAG